AUGAAAGAAACUUUUGGUGAAUCAUCUUCUGAUCGUUUGAGACCUGGGCAUCUCCAUAGAAAAACCAAACUCUCAUGGAAAUUUCUGAAAAUUCUCACAGUGGAACCUGUCCUGGUAUUGUAUGUUACAUCCUCCAUGAUGGCGACGCUAACCACUGAGAAUCUCAAUCUAGAGAAGGCUUGUUUAGUGAAUUUGAAUUUCAACGUAACCGUUUGCCAGGCUCUGGUAGAAAGAAACAAUACAGCAUACUCAGCAGAUCAGGAAAUCAAAGUGCAGAAGUUGGUGUCUAGUAUGCUCGCUUAUAAAACUGGCAUACAAGGAGUCAUACCUUUCCUACUGAUGCUGUUUUUGGGUUCGUGGAGCGAUAGAAAUAGGAGGAGAAAACCUUUUAUACUCAUGCCCAUAUAUGGAGACAUAAUAAGUUGUCUAGGCUACAUCAUGUGUACUUUCUUCUUUUUAGAACUCCCAGUGGAAGUGGCUAUUUUCUUCGAAGCAGUUCCAGUUGCAAUGACCGGAAGUUGGUUCUGCUUUUACGUAGGGGUAUUCAGUUACGUUACAGAAAGUAGUACGGAAAAGACAAGAACUAUGAGAAUUGGACUAGCAACUAUGUUCACUCAUGUUUCGCUAACAUCCGGUAUAGCACUGAGCGGAGUAGUAUACAGGGUUCUUGGGUUUUAUGGCGUUUACACUCUAUCUAUUUUCAUGUUUGUGACUGCUUUGAUAUAUGGAUUCCUUGUACUCGAAGAUGCACCCUCUUUAGAUUCAGAUAGUUCAUCGAAGGAGAAGUGUUUGUCAGACGUUUUCGAUCAUCAUCAAGUGAAAGGUACACUGUCCACCUGGUUUGGGAAGAGGGUUGGUAGGAACAGACUAAAACUGAUAUUAAUAAUGGUCUUGGUUCUUUUGAACGUUGGUUCAUACAGAGGAGAACUCACAGUCAUGUAUAUGUUCACCAGAAGAAAAUUCAGGUGGAGUGAGAUUGAAUACAGCGAAUACAAUACCUAUCACAGCGUUAUCCAAAUGACUGGAGCGCUGUUAUGCUUAUCUAUAUUUGUGAAGUGGAUGAAAAUCAGCGAUGCAACCCUUGGAAUGUUAGCUAUGAUGAGUAAAGUCCUUGGCUGUUUCGCAAGUGCAUUUGCGACAACGCCUUUAUAUUUCUAUGUAGCUGCUUUAACCGAAAUUCUCAACGGUAGCUCACACAUAGCAAUGAGGUCUAUAAUGUCGAAGUUGGUGACGUCUGAAGAACUGAGUCAAACGUUCUCUUUGUUUGGUCUUUGCGAGGCUUUAACUCCGCUUUUUUUCGGACCCUUGUACAGUUAUGUUUACCAUCAAACCAUAGAGACAUUUCCUGGAGCAUUUUACUUCGUUAGUGGUGGUCUCCACUGCGGAGCAUUCGUCAUAUUUUUAUGGCUGUAUCUGCUGAAGAAUGAUGGGACAAAUGUGAAAGAACAAAUAAGACAUGAUGAGGUUGAGGAAAUGGUGGUGAAAACUGAGACUACCAUUGAGCAGUCUGUUGACCCUCAACGAAUGGAAUAA